ACUUGGGAUUUGAAUUAUUUUUAGCUCUGUCAUUUGCUUGGGAUAAACCAGAAAGCGAUACAGGUCUAAUGAAAUUACCUCCUAGAAAACCCGUUACUGCUACUUCAAUAGAACGUAUACGUCGCCGUGCUCUUAAUCGAACUCCAACUAUCACCGAUCCGGAAACUGGUCAUUCUGUAACUCCUUCAAAAGUUUCACAAAUUUUGCAUACAAUGAAAAAACCUUUUACAAAAACAUGGUGGUCUGAUUUAUUAGAGGGUUCUGAAGGUGAAGUGUUGGUUGAUGCAAAGCUUCUCAGAUGGUCAUACUUGGAAAUUGGCGUUAUAGAAUUAAUUGGCGCAUUGGUUGCAUAUUUCGUAGUUUUAAAUUAUCAUGGUAUCACUCCACGUGAUGCACGAAUAAUGCAACAUGGAGUAACUGAAGGAAAAUAUUUCACAGAUAACGCAAUACCUUAUACAAAUGUUCAUAAUACCGUGAUACCGAGAGAUGUGCAAAUUAAAGCAUUGGCUGAAGCACAAUCAAUUGUAUAUUUGUCCAUCAUGAUUCAACAGAUGUUCAAUCUAUUCGCUUGCAAAGCUCGAUUUCGGUUCCCAUUUGGUAAAUUUAUCUUCUCAAAUCCUCGUAAUUUCCUUGGGCUAACUUUUGGUGUCGUAUUGGGCAUGUGCGUUGUUUAUAUCCCACCAUUUAACAUUGCAUUUCAAACGAGUUAUACACUUAGUCCAAUAUUCUGGUUAAUACCUUUGGGAUUUGGUAUUGUAAUCUUGAUUUAUGCUACUAUUAAAAUAAUUUUAUUGAGGAAAUUGCGUCCUAUAAAUUUGAAUCCAGAAAUUAUAGGAUUACAAAUGCAUCCUACCAUACGAUCCGUUGAAAGAAAAACCUAA